CAUUACAACAUAACACGAGCUAUCCAGAUCGCACGUACGCCUGAGCUGACGAGCUGUCGGGUCAUCGGGAGGCUGGGCAAUUCGGGAGUGCAGUAGAUUUGCUCAUUCUCUCUUCAUUCGAGUCGCUAUGGCAGCCACACCGAAGUCUGAUUCAGAUAGACAGAAACAGAUCAGUGUCCGAGGGAUUGCUGAAGUGGAGGAUGUGACCAACUUCAAAACUUCGUUCAACCGGCAUCUUCAUUUCAGCUUAGUGAAAGAUCGCAAUGUUGCCACCAAACGUGACUACUACAUUGCUCUGGCUCACGCUGUGCGGGAUCACCUGGUGGGACGUUGGAUCCGAACACAACAGUACUAUUAUGAAAAGGAUCCCAAGCGUGUGUACUAUCUAUCUCUAGAGUAUUACAUCGGCCGUACUCUCACAAACACCAUGGUGAACCUUGGAAUCCAAAGCCAGUGCGAUGAGGCAUUGUACCAGCUUGGUUUGAACAUUGAGGAGCUUGAAGAAAUUGAGGUGGAUGCUGGCUUGGGAAAUGGUGGUCUCGGGCGUCUGGCAGCCUGUUUCCUGGACUCCAUGGCCACUCUUGGCCUAGCUGCCUAUGGCUACGGUAUCCGCUACGACUAUGGCAUAUUCAGUCAACAAAUCAAAGAUGGACGACAGGUGGAGCUGCCAGAUGAUUGGCUACGUUUCGGCAAUCCGUGGGAGAAGGCGCGGCCUGAGUACAUGAUCCCGGUCAACUUCUACGGGCACACAGAGCACAGAGAUGGCAAGGUCAAGUGGGUGAACACAAACGUUGUGUUUGCCAUGCCAUAUGACUCACCAGUCCCCGGUUAUCGCAACAACACUGUCAACACCAUGCGGUUGUGGUCUGCCAAGUCACCAAAUAGCUUUGAUCUUACUUUCUUCAAUGACGGUGAUUACAUCAAAGCGGUACUGAACAGGAACGAAGCUGAGAACAUUUCCCGAGUGCUGUACCCAAAUGACAACGUUGUUGAGGGCAAGGAGCUGCGUCUGAAGCAGGAGUACUUCAUGGUGGCUGCCACACUCCAAGACAUCAUCCGACGCUUCAAGUCCUCUCGCUUUGGUAGCCGGGACCCUGUCAGGACUUCCUUCGACACCUUCCCAGACAAGGUUGCUCUGCAGUUGAAUGACACCCACCCUGCGCUGGCCAUACCAGAGCUCAUGAGAAUCUUGGUGGACAUUGAGAACGUUCCCUGGGAUAAAGCAUGGGAUUUAACAGUCAAGUCCUGCGCUUACACCAACCACACCAUCCUUCCCGAGGCCCUAGAGCGCUGGCCUGUGCAAAUGCUAGAGACAAUCCUUCCUAGACAUCUGCAGAUCAUCUACGAGAUCAAUGCCCGUCACAUGAAGAUGGUCAGUGACUUGUACCCAGGUGACAUGGACAGGAUGCGGCGCAUGUCCAUUGUGGAGGAAGGCCACGAGAAGCGCAUCAACAUGGCCCACCUCUGCCUGGUGGGGGCUCAUGCCGUCAAUGGGGUGGCGGCCAUUCACUCGGAGCUUCUCAAGACGAAAGUUUUCCAGGACUUCUACGAGAUGUUCCCAGAGAGAUUUCAGAACAAGACCAACGGUAUAACCCCUCGGCGCUGGAUGCUGCUCUGCAAUUUGGGACUGUCGGAGGUCAUCGAAGAUAGGAUCGGGGAUGGAUGGACCACCAAUUUGUCUCUCCUCCGUGAGCUGGAGACCCUGGUUGAUGACAGCGCCUUCAUUCUCGCUGUUCAGAAAACCAAGCAGGAGAACAAGAUGAAGCUGGCCAGCUACUUGCAGAAGAACCACAACAUCGAAGUCAACGUCAACUCCAUGUUCGAUGUCCAGGUCAAGAGAAUUCAUGAAUACAAGCGCCAACUGAUGAACGCCCUGCACAUCAUCACCGUGUACAACAGGAUGAAGAAGAACCCCGGUGGGUCCUUUGUGCCACGCACAGUCAUGAUCGGAGGCAAGGCAGCUCCCGGAUACUUCACCGCCAAGCAGAUCAUCUACCUGAUCAACUCCAUCGGUCAGGUUAUCAACAACGACCCCAUCGUCGGGGAUCGCCUCAAGGUGGUCUUCUUGGAGAACUACCGUGUAUCCCUGGCUGAAAAAGUGAUCCCGGCCGCUGACCUAUCAGAGCAGAUAUCGCUGGCGGGAACCGAGGCCUCCGGAACUGGCAACAUGAAAUUUAUGCUGAACGGUGCCCUGACCAUCGGUACGCUGGAUGGCGCUAACGUGGAGAUGAUGGAAGAGAUGGGAGCCGACAACAUCUUCAUCUUUGGCAUGACGGUGCCACAGGUGGAGGAGCUCAGGCAGAAAGGGUACCACCCCAGACAGUACUACGAGCGGAAUGCCGAGUUAAAGCAAGCAAUCGACCAGAUCAGGGAAGGGUACUUCUCACCCCAAGACCCAGACGCUUUCAAGGGACUGGCCGACAGCCUGCUGAAUCAUGACACGUUUAUGCUGCUCGCAGACUACGAAGACUACAUAGCCACUCAGGACAAGGUUAACCAACUUUUCCUGAACCCCAAUGAGUGGACGAAGAAGUGCAUCCUCAACAUCGCCGCUUCGGGCAAGUUCUCCAGCGACCGCACCAUCGGGGAGUACGCCCGGGAGAUCUGGGGGGUGGAACCCAAUGCCAUCAAACUGCCGCCGCCCCACGUCCCGCCCGAAUUCCGGGAGGAUGCCAUUAACGCCAACCAGGACCCCACCAAAGGUGACCAGAGGCAUGUGUCAUAUUAGAGCGCUAGAAUACUCAGACUGUACAAAUCGUCGAAUAAAAUGACAUAUCCAAUAUAUUUUAUAUCUUGCACAGUGAACGCCGAAUAAGGUACCCAAAUUUGAAGAUGGUAAGUUAAAUGUCAGCUUGAGCUGGCUCAACUUUAACUCCGUCAUAACUUUGAAAAGUCCACUAGUUUUUUUGAGGAUUUGCCAGGGCAGAGAAAGGAAGAGGCCAGCCACCAUUUCUUAUUUGGGGCUCGACUUGCUGUGAAAGUGCAAAGGGCAUGCCAUUGCUUUCCGGCAGAAGACGAUUUUUGAGGCUUCCUCAGAAAGGCUCCAAGCAAGAAUGCCCAGCAAUAUUACUGGCGAGUUAGAAUUUAAUGUCGUAUUGAAAUUUUGGCAUGGUUAUAAGAUGAACCAUUGGAUAGAUCCAAAACAGCACUGUUGCUUUAUUCUGUAGGGAGUGUGUAAGGGUGGCCUCGCCAUCACCAGGAGACCCAUCAGUGGUCUGACGGUCCCGGAUUUUUAUGGUGCCAGCAAGGGCUCCAGACUAACAGGUGGGGGGGAGGUCAUGCACCAUCCCCCCUUGGACCCUGAAAGUAAACUCAGCAACCCACCACGACACGCCAAGGUAGAACCUUAGAAAGAGUUGGAUGUCACGUGGUCAUGCCUUGCUAGCAGAAUGAAUGUCAUGGUCAUUUUCCUUUUUUGUGUGUGUGUUUGCGCUCUGUGAUUGAAGAACAAGUAAAAUAAUACUGAGAUACCUUUAUGGAGUGCACCAAACUAACAAUGUUGGUUGAUGGGCAUGCAACUCGAAGUGCUGAAACCAACACUCCCGCGCCAAAGUGGGGGAGUACUCCUUGUGGUGGGGAGGCGGGGGAGGGGUAUCCCGAACCUCAGAUGCAUUAUAGCCGUUAGCAGAAAGGCUUUGUUCUUUGCUUUGCUUGGAGAUUUCAGUAAGACCAGAUCUGAUUGGACCUUCUUUGAAUGAAGUGCAGCCACUCAAGAUGAGCAGGAUUUCGCCAGAGUCCUGUGGGCUGCCGUGAUAAAAAUUCCAUCUACAGUUUAAAAAUGAUACCUCUGAACGCCCCGCACAUUUUAACCAUUUCCCACCAUGACCUGUUGGUAGCUGUGUGUAUUGAUUGAGAAUGGACAAGAUUAGUGUACUGCCCCUGAAGAGAAAGAACGCUUGUUCAGUAUUUUUCAGCCAGAUUGGUAUCAAGCUGUUGUUUAUGGACAACCUGUUGCUAAAUUGGACAAUUUCAGACGUCAACCCUCCUUUUACUUGUAACCGUCACAGACACCCAAAACUCCCUUCCACUUUGAUUUGCCACAAUACACACACACACACAGGUCAUUUGACGGAUUUUGACUGAUAUGACAACGUUGACAAAAAUGAAUGAAAGUUACAUGUCCAACCCUCAACCAAAAGGAGACUUGCCCCCUGUUUAACAGUUAGUAGAAAAGCGAGACUGUUGGCCCCCAACCGGAGCUCAAAGUUGUGGAGAGUACCAUAGCAGAAUGCAGUAGACAGAACAGUGAAGAGCGAUAAAGAUAACUUGCAUCAAGCUACCCAUGUGCUGAAAACCACACAGACCCAGACAAACCGCAUAUAUCCAGACAUACAUCUAAAUUGCAUUCUGAGGGAGCAGUUCUGUGUACCUUUGAAUUUUGGAACUUCAUUUUUUUUGGUCCUGUAUGCUUGCGUGGUGUGGUUCUCAACAGUGUCAGUCUGUCACAUCACUGAAGUACUGGGGUAGACUGUUUACGAGCAGCCAUCUUAGAGGGCGGUGCAGACGUUCUACUGAGAUGGGUUUUACUAGAGUCAAAACAACGAACCAAAUCCUGCCCUCUGAGGAUGAUGAAGCCAUAAUCCCAAGAUAAGUCCAGUGUUACCCCUAUGCUGCCAAAAAGUGCAUGCGACAGUGCUUGCCAAAGAAGAGUUUUUGGAAUACACAAACCAGUCUAGAAUCAACGUACAACACACAAGGCCUUUGUCCAGUUUGCCCGUCCUUUCUCACUUUUUUGUGAACAAAUUCACCAUUGAUGUUUUGAAGGAAAAAAACCAUGCGGUAUUCCACCUGUGCAUGUGCAAAAUAAGGUGUGUCAGAGGUCAAUUGUGGAUUUUCUGUACAUGGAGAGGGGUCCUAUCAGCAUGGUUUAACCCUGACGCAUGCAUGAGCUGGCAUGACAUCACACGUCUUAUCCCCAAUGACCCUGGUCCAUCAAGACUCUUAGAAUAAGGAGCUGAUCAUUGGUCAAAUGCGGUAGAAGCAGUUCACCAUUUAGUGCACCAAGCUUUUGCCUCAAAACUGCCACCAUCAAACCCCACAGCCAACUGUUGCAUACUGGAUGUCGUCCUGCUUGCAAUGGAUCUGUCCUUCUCCACACCACACAAACACAAAGCCUCAUUAGCUCCUGUACACAGACGGGCAAAAUGAUGACAGACGGCCUGAUGACUUUAACCAACCUAGCAGAAUCCUUCUCUCUGCCUUGCGACAGUUUCUGCUGGGAUGGCGAAAUCAGACGUCUGUGUAUUUGAGGUCACUGUAGUCAGCAAGCAUUCUUUAUACUUUUUAUCUCUAAAAUCUGCUCCUCCAUAAAAACAGUACCCCGUAUUCAAAAGGAGUGCUAUUUGGUAUGUGUGUGUCGGCCACUAACUUCCAGGAAGAAAAACACCUGAAAGUGACUUUUCCCAAGAAUUGUUUGUGAGGUGCUCCUCUUCAACAAAUGCAUGCUACGUCAAGCUGUAGACUAAAAAGCAACCAACCACAAUCGAAUAAAUUGUAAUCCAUUAAUCAGCUGCCACAAUGUACAUGUAGUGCAUAAAAAAAUAAAGUCUGCUCAACAUCUUUGCACGAAGUAUUUACCUUUUACCUUUAAAGCCACGAUUGUAUUUGCAGUUGUACAUGUAUGCUAUGACUGGGAAAUGUACACAUCAUGUAUCAUUUAGUAGCGAAGUACAGGUACCAGACCUGUGUAUCAAAUUGUUUUUUCACUAGUUAUUUCAGUUCGUACUAUUUUUUUUAUAGUACCCAACCUUGAGUUAUGUGUUAAAGGUCAGAGUUGUGCUGUAUCUUUGUACACUGAGUUUGAUGGAAGUAAAAUUUUAGACCUGGUGUGCGACCCAGCGGUUAUUACAUGUGAGGGGUUAGAUUACCAAUAAUUACAGAAGUUCCUCUCCGUAGAGUCCUGUGGAAGUUGCCUUGGUGGCUGAUGAUUGCAGUGUACAUGUUGAAUGCUAAUUGUAACCAUGGAGGGACUCAGUGAAAGUGUCGAAGAACCGUGAUUAUUCUAGUAGUAAAAAUAUAACUUAAACUCAGUGUUUCCUUUUUGGUUAACCGGAGUAUCGGAGGUUUGAUGAAAAGCACUAAAUUUGUAACACUGCUCUAGGAAAAGGGAGAGGUUUUUUUUAGGGGGGGGGAUUGGGGGUCAUCAACUUGUUGUUUACUUGUAAGUUGUUGAGAGGUGCUUUGAAGCUUGGAGAAUUCUUCCCGCAUAAACUGACUGGUUGUGUGGGGGUUUAGUUUCAUCUUGCCAAGAUAGAAGUACACUUUCUUGUGUGUAGCCAAACUCAGCCGGGAACCAGUUGCUGGCCGAUGGACAUCACGUCGUGUUUUGGACGGGGACUUGUUUUUUUGCAAAGCCAAUCCAUUUGCUCCACCAAGUUACAUAUUGCUACAAGAGAGUUAUUAGGUUUAAAAGAAGUGGCAAGGAAACCACCCAAGGUUUCAAUCCUAAAUAAAGUUACUUGUCUUGUGAAUGUUUGUAAUGUAAAUUUCUGUGAGCCAGACUAGAAAGAGCUUGUAGUUAAAGGUUGACUUGGGGAAACUAACCAUGGGCAAGUUAUUUCGCCCUUCCUCCAAAAAAAUCCAAGAGUGGAGAACAAAGAUAAAGAGAAAAUAAUACGCCACACAUGGCAAAGACAAAUUCAGUCUUAGGGUGCUAGGAUGGAGAAUUUGGCACCUUUGCUUAGCCAAGUGCAAAGCCUACUGAUGAGGCCUGUGGGACGUUUUGCGCAUGCAUUUUGUGGUAACUGGUUGUAACUAAGCAGCAGAUGGAUGGAUGAGCGAAUUAGUUAAGAUGCUAACUACGUCUAGACUUCCCCCAUUCCACUCUAAGUAUCAAAGUGAUGUGUUUAGACUAGGGCAGUCCAUCAGUGUAGAAAGUGACUGCAUUCUUAUGAACUGUUGACCCCGAGGCUUGAAUUAUAAAACUGUUCACACUUUGUCAAUUGUAUAAACGCAUGCUGUGGAAUGACGGUGCUCCUGUAGACCUGUACUCUAACCCUGGAAUGAAGUUUAAAUUGAAUGAAAUCGAGGCGAUCGUUUCCUUUAAUUGCAUAUUUUUUUUUCAUUUGCUGUGGUCCACCAUUGUCCUUGGCUUCUUCGCAGCCUUCUCACUGAUUUUGAAACAGUCUGUGAAAAGUGAUUCAUGAGGGUAACAGGUAGAAGGGGAAAUAGAAUUGUGGAAUGUCAAGGGCUGUAUUUAAAAGAAAAUAAAGCAAGACUGAACUAAGAAAAAAAGCUUUAAACUUGUUUCGCACUGAAAUCAUCAUCGUAGGUGUUGAUUAAAAAAAAUGCUAUUUUGCUACAAAAUUACAAAGGUUAUACUAAGGCCGGUCGAGAAGUAAUACUGGACUUCUUGGUUUUUAUGCAGAGAUUAUGACACCUCUAACAAUAGACACUAUUGCGGAUUUAAUACCGCUUUUUGCCGUUUCCAGAAUUUCGCUGACGCCAGAUCUCGCAACGAAACCAUCAGUCACAGUUUUCUUUUGGUCAAAUGAAUGUUUAAGGUCUGGGUAUUUGGCCAAUACCACCUCAAUGAAUUCUCAACUCAUCAGUGUAGUUUGCUUUGGUUUCACCCGUUUUUAUAACUGCCAAUCGUAAAACAAAAAAAGAAAAGUUUAUUUCGUUCUGUUGUUUUGUAUAUUUGGUUUUAUUGUUUUCAAAUUCCUUUGAAUGUGUUGUUUUUAAUGUGCUGAUCAGAUAGCCGUGCAUGAUAGGGUUUUGUCUUUCGUCAUAGUAAAACUGUUAAGUUUGCAAUUAAAUGUAUUAUUUUAACACAUGUUCCAAAUAACAUGCAGCAUGCAAUCAAUAUUACUUUAGAAAGAUAUUUUCCAAACUGCAUGAAUGUGUGGUAAACUUAAAAUAAUUUUCUCUCUUGAAAAAAUUGUAUUAUUUUGGUGCUUACGCAAACGGGUAGGAUUUACCCUUUCUAAAAAUAGUAACACCGUACUUCUUGGGGUACUGCGGUUUCAUCUGAUUUUUAAUUUUUUUUAAAAUAAAUUUCAUCUUAGCAAUUGUUCCUGACACUGUUGUGACAGAAUGAGCAAACCAAGCAGUAUGUCGGUAGUGGAGGUUAUCUUCAAUUCUUAAAUUGUUUGGGAUCAAGAACGUUUUUGAAAUCACGAGUAGCUUUCAAAGACAUUUCCUACUAGACUUUUCCAUCCCAACAACUGUUUCGAAAGUAGAUUUUGUUUUCUUCUUGUCAAGAAAGAAGAAUCUUCAGACACUUUCAGACUUUGGGAACAGAAUACUUCUCAUUAACUUUGAAUAUUCAAAAGUCAACUUCAUCUUAAGAACAUUACUGUAGUUCUUGAACUAAUGUAAUCCCAAACGUAUCCUCAUUGAAACCCAGUCUAUUUCACUAGUUUCGAGGGUAGUGAGAUGGUAUUUUGAAACUGGUUGUCAUUUGAAACCAGUGAAGUAUUGAAAUUGUCAAUAGGGCUGUGAUUUGAAAAUAAAGGAUCAUUUUGAAGUAAAUGAACAUUAAUGGACACUUCCUAAACUGCACUAGCCAUUUUGAAAGCGUUUGAAGGAAACCGUGUGGAAAAAUCAUUGCUCGGGAUACAGAAUGAAACAGAAAUAUCUUAUUUUCUACCAAAUACCUGUAAUAGUGUAUAUUUCCAUGUGUUUUAGCGAGUAAAGGCUACUGGUUGCUUUGCUACCCGAAGUCAUACCAACAGUAUACUCAACGCCAGCUUUGUUCUGUUGGAAUAAAUUACUGUGAACUGAUGGGAAAUA